ACCGAGCGAAUCACGUGGUUUUGUGUACACCGGGGUCACGUGGCUGGCCUUUGGCCUGAAUGACCUAAUCAGCUGCAGAACUCAGUGUGUAGAGUACAGGACCCAGUCACAGCAGGGUGUCAUGGCCUAUCCGGCCCCCAAACCUAAAAAAACAGAGCUUCCCCAGCACCUCCAACGCAAACUGCCAUGCAACCAGGGAGCUAUCAGAGCAGUACGGUUCAAUGUGGAUGGGAAUUACUGUAUGACAUGUGGCAGUGACAAGUCCUUGAAGCUGUGGAAUCCACAUAAAGGAACCAUGCUGAAAACCUACAGCGGUCAUGGGUAUGAAGUACUGGAUGCAGCAGGGUCAUUUGAUAAUAGUCAGCUGUGCUCGUGCAGUUCAGACAAAACCGUCAUCCUCUGGGAUGUGGCACAGGGUCUUGUGGUCAGGAAGUUUCGUGGACAUGCAGGGAAAGUAAACUGUGUGCAAUUCAAUGAGGAAUCUACAGUGAUCAUAUCAGGCUCUAUAGACUCUUCUAUUAGAUGCUGGGAUUGUCGCUCUCGUAAACCAGAGGCUAUUCAGAUACUGGAUGAAGCCAAAGAUGGAAUAUCCAGUAUUAAAAUGUCUGAUCAUGAGAUUCUUGCUGGGUCUGUAGAUGGACACUUGCGUCGGUAUGACCUUCGUAAAGGAGAGAUGUGCGCCGAUUAUGUUGGCAGUCCCAUUACAUGUGUGAGUUUCAGCCAGGAUUCACAGUGUCUAUUGGCUUCAUCUCUAGACUCCACGCUCCGCCUCCUCGAUAAGGACUCGGGAGAACUAUUAGGAGAGUACACAGGACACCAGAACAAGAGCUACAAGCUGGACAGCUGCCUGAGUGAGAAGGACACGCAUGUGGUUAGCUGCUCUGAGGAUGGAACUGUCUGUUUCUGGGACUUAGUAGAGGGCUCCCUCGUAUACAAACUCCCAGUUAGUAAAGUUGUUGUCCAGUCGCUCUCGUACCAUCCCAAAGAACCUUAUCUACUAACCGCCAGUGAGGGGGAAGUCCAGGUAUGGAGAGAGACGGCGCCUGAAGAAGAGGACUCAUGCAGCUGACCAAUAAAAAACAAACAAUUCUGUAUAUAUGCACAACUCAUCUCUUUUUGUAAUAAAACAGAAGCAAAUACUUGUUUUAUAAACUUUUUAUUUUCAUAUUUGUCAAAACAUUAAAGAGAUAAAAUUAAAUUACAGCAGCCUAUGACAACUCUGCCAUCCUGAUCUAAUGCAGGGACAUGGGAAUCAGGCUGUAGGUUGAAACACAAGGGGAAGCCGGGUCUGUACACCACAACUAACAUAUCCACGUGUCUACAAGUAGCCAUGUAAAAAGAAAACCUGUCAAAAUAAAAUAUGGGAACUGCCUACUGCUCCCCUUUCUUUAAAGGCUACAACUUCAUACAAGUGUUAAAAAAUAAAAUAAAAAAAAACAUUUCUGCAAAUACUAAAAUUUAAGAAUGUAAUAAAGCGCUGAACUGCUUGUAUUCUUAUUUGCCAAUACUAUUAGACCAUAAAUAGCCUAUAAUUAAAAAUGUCUACCUGGUGAAAAACUGGAUCCUUUAUU